AUGACGCGGGCGGCGGCGGCGGCGGCGGCGGCGCUGGUGCUGCUGGUUCUGGGCCCGGGCGAGGCGGGCGAGGCGGGCGAGGCCGGCACGGUGACCUGCGGCUCGGUGGUGAAGCUGCUCAACCCGCGUCACGGGGUCCGCCUGCAUUCGCACGACGUCCGAUACGGGUCCGGCAGUGGACAGCAGUCGGUGACCGGAGUCACAAGUGUGGACGACGGCAACAGUUACUGGCGAAUCCGGGGCAAGUCGUCCAGCGUUUGCGAAAGAGGCAUCCCGGUACAAUGUGGGCAGACGAUCCGCUUGACCCACAUCAACACAGGCCGCAACCUGCACAGCCACCUUUUUACGUCUCCCCUUUCGGGCAAUCAGGAGGUCAGUGCCUUUGGGGAGGACGGUGAGGGGGACUUCCUGGACGACUGGACGGUCCUGUGCGACGGCAAGUAUUGGGAGAGGACGAGCGAGGUGCGGUUCAGGCACGCCUCCACCGAGGUGCUUCUCUCGGUCACCGGGGAGCAGUACGGACGGCCCAUCCACGGGCAGAGAGAAGUUCACGGCCUGGCUUACUCCGACCAGGACAGCUACUGGAAAGCCAUGGAGGGCAUCUUCGUCAAGCCUGCGGAAUUGCUGAAGGCCGACCUCUACCACACAGAGCUAUGACCUUAAAGGGGCCUUCUCAACGCCCGCAGCUUCAGACCAUCCAGUCUUUUCCAGGUUGUGGUUUGGUGACCCAGACAGACGUGGGUGCGGGAGACGCCGCUCGGCUGCUGAGACGGGGCUCUUUCCCACCAGCUACCAAGGACAGCGGCGUUUCUGCCCUGGGUCUCGGCCCGCGGCCCGCUGCUGGCCUUCAAACCUGGGAGGGAGGGGGGUCUGGGAAUCCGCCGUCAAUAAACAUUGGAUAUCAAAAU